AUGCAGCGUCUCAGAACACCCCCUGAGGAAAAGUCCCUGGUGUGUGAUCACUGUGGAGGCCAGGUGUUGGGCUGGUGCUGCCCCAGGACCCAGCGGUCCGAGAUCCACACAGAGGAUGGGUCACAUGACCAGCGCACAGGCACCCAGACCUUCGCAAAGACCCUGCAAGUGACCCUCCUCCAGCAGAACCCCUUGGAGGACUGCAGCUGCAGCCAGGACUUUACCCCGAGGGCCCGGCUGGCCCCGCAGGAAACGAGGCGGAUGGCAAAGGAGCCCCUCCUGUGUGCGCGGUGCGGAAAGCGCUUUGGCUCCAACAAGCAGCAGCAGAUGGCCGAGGGCCCCUUAACGUGUCCUGGCUGCAGUGCCCCUGGCCCCCCGGCCCAGCGGCUCUACGUCUGUGACCAGUGCGGCAAGGCCUUCACGCGCACCUCGAGCCUGCUGCAGCACGAGCGCAUCCACACCGGUGAGCGGCCCUGUGAGUGCGCUGAGUGUGGCAAGGCCUUUGUGCGCUGCUCCGGCCUCUACCGCCACCAGAAGACGCACUCGGCCGAGCGCCACCGCCGCAGCCUGGCCCUGGCCCGGCGGUCCUUCCUCUCGGGGUGCCCGCCCUGUGGGGACUGUGGCGAGGGGACCCAGGGGCCUCCCCGGGUGCCCGUUGCCGGGGAGAAGCCACACGAGUGCGCCGAGUGCACCAAGGCCUUUGCCCUGUUCUCGCACCUCGCGGAGCACGGGCGCGUGCACACAGGUGAGAAGCCCUACGCGUGCCCGGAGUGUGGCAAGGCCUUCCACCAGCGCACGCACAGCAGCGCCACCUACGCCUGCCCGCUGUGCGAGAAGGCCUGCAGGGGCCGCUCGGGCCUGGUGCAGCACCGGCGCGCGCACACCGGCGAACGGCCCUACGGCUGCCCCGAGUGCGGCAAGGCCUUUCGGGGCUGCUCCGAGCUGCGCCAGCACGAGCGCCCGCACUCGGGCGAGAAGCCCUACAUCUGCCGAGACUGCGGCACGGCCUUCGUGCGCAACCGCAGUCUGGUCCGCCACCGGCGCACGCACACGGGCGAGCGGCCCUACGCAUGCGAGUGCGGCCGCGCCUUCAGCCAGCGCUCCAACCUCGACGAGCACCGGAAGCGGCACGCGGGCCGCGCGGCCUCGUGAGCGCGCGCGCCUCUGGAAGCCCGAAGAAACGGUUCUCGUCUUUCUUAAACCUCACUGGGUACUCACGGCGUCCGCAGGC